AUGGAAGAACCUAGAGACUUGCUGGUCCCCCCAUCGUCCCAAGUCCCUCAGAGGAGGCAGCGGCAGGAGCGCACCGUGUACAGCGCCUUAGAGCUGCUGGAGCUGGAAAGAAAGUUCGAGAUGAACAAGUACCCGACCUACCAGGAGGUGCAGGCCCUGGCCGACAGGCUGCACCUGAAGGAGCGCCAAGUGCAGGUGUGGUUCAAGAACCGGCGGGCCAAGCUGUCCAGGCAGCAGCUCCAGCGGCCCCAGGGCUCGUCGGGGCGGCGACGCAGCAAAGGCCGCACGGCGCCCACCUGCCCCGGAGUCCCCGCCGCCCCUGCCCCCGCUUCCUUAUGA